ACAUCCGCUGGCCAUUUGGAUUGUUUCUGUGCUUGUGUUCUUGGUGAAGUGAGUGAGUGAGUGCGUGCAGUGGACAGUUGAACGUUAGUUUGCGUCAAGUGAGUGGCUCAUAACUCAAAUCAAAUGUAUUAAAACAGUUUUAUUAUUUUAAUUGUUUGCGUCGAUGCGGCGUAAACAGUAUUAUAUCUGAAUGGUUGUGUGCGCAAAUUAACGUGGUAGUGACACGGUUCGUCUGGCCCGCUAGCUGCUCACUGAGCAACUUGUGGCUGCUGUACGUCACUGACCAGUUCAGUAGCCACAAACUGUCGGAAAAUGGGGAAAAACCGUAAGCGUUUGAAAGGAAAUGGGAAUGCUCCAACACCUGGACCUGGACCACAGCAUGGCAUGCGUCCCACAGCACCAGGACCUCCUCCACCCAGACCCCCUCCUCCUCACGGCGGGUUUCGCGGUCCUGCUCCUGUCCGCCCGAUGGGCCCACCUGGACAGAGGUUUCCUGGGCCCCAUUGCGACUACGGGCCCCCAAACCCCAGAAUGAUGAUGAUGGAUAACAUGGAGGGGGAUAGACGGUUUAUGCAUGAAACACAGGGAUUCAUGAUGCACGAUGAGCCUUUCCACCCGAUGGAUUUUCCUGACAGACAUGAGUUCCGCCCGCCUUUUGAUGGUCCUGAUCCACGUUUCCAGCAUCAUUCAGAGUUUGGGAACAGACCACCAGAACCGCGGUUUUACCAUCCAGAGCUUGAAUGUGGACCGCGUUUCCGUUCUCCAGAGUUUUGUGAACGACCUCCAGACUUCUGCCCGCCUGAGUUUAUGGGAAGACCCCCGAACUUCCACCCGUCUGAGUUUGAAAGCGGACCAGGUUUCCACAGGAUGAACUCUGGAUUCGACCAAAUGGAGCAGUAUGGUCCAAGAGACUCGCAUUUUGUGCCACAGAUGGAUGUACAUGGCAAUCAUGCAUUUGGAGAAAGAGGAGGGUUUGCUGGACCUCCACUAGAUUUCCGGGGCCCGGGUCCAGUGCAGCCACCACCUGAGGCGUUCAAUGCCACUAGCAUGCCUCCUCCUGGGAAAGCAUUUCCACCCCAACCUCCAAAGAAAAAAGAUCAGCUGGCAAAGACUGAACCUCCUAAAUCAAUGGCAUCAAAGAUAUCAACGUUCAAAAAUAUAUCUGCAAACACUCCUCGUGGACGCUCAUUGGGAGUCAUUUCAUUUAUUGGUAAUAAUUGUGGUUUCAUUGAACGGGAGGAUUUGAAGAAAUUCUCUUUUGUUUUUGAUGCCUUUUUUGGAAACCGAGCUCACUUGGUGCCUGGGGUUAAAGUGCAUUUCACAGUAGUGAAAAAUCUGGGAAAAGAAUGUGCGGUUGACGUGAAAGUGGCACCAGGAGGAACAGACGACAUUGACAGUACGGUGUAUGAAGGCGUAGUUAUCACAACCCUGCCUGAUGGCAAUGUCAAGGAAGUUAAUCCUGGCUGCAUCAGGACCAUUAUCUCUACGGAUCCCAUUAAACUGCCCUUCGGAAAAGCGGACACCGAUAUAACUCUGCUACUGUAUGAUCGUGUGGAGUUCCAGUUGCUGACAAAUGUUAUUACCAAGGAACAAAGAGCCACAAACAUCAAACCUAAAACACCAGACACUUUUCAGCUCACCAAAGAAAUCAGGGAGAUGGGUGUGGUCAUGAACAAGAGCGAUGGAAGCCUGACAAUCAUGACAGAGAAACAUAAUAAGCUGACGGCUUCUGCUGCUGACCAUUUAUCAGAUGAUGAGCUGAAUGUCAUGGAUGAAGUAGAGCUCACUGUUUUGACUGUGAAUGACACAAAGAAGGCUGUCCGACUCAAAAAGCUGCCUGGGGGCUCUGUGACCUUUAAUCAACAAGCAAGAAGCAAUGAAAAUAUUUCUGGCUUAAAGGACAACGCAUCUGGCACACCUGGCAAAGACAAGUGGAGGCCUGUGACCAUGGAGGCUGGUUCUCAAGAGUCAGCUUUCUCCUUCGAUGUAAGCAGUGAGAAAUACGAGGGGAUGAUUGCCAGAAUCGCCCCAAAGAAAAGCCCAACCCAAGAAAAGGAGCAGAUGGACAAGCAAGAGCUCCCUUUGGGUCUUCUGGUCACCACAGUGGAGGGCACUGAGAAACGGUUAUCUUUUAGGUCAGGUGACAUGAUCACAAAGGCCACCAUGAUGAUCAGUGACAAGGUCCAGUUCAACAUUUCCACCAACAGCGUAACCAAGGAGGAGUGGGCUGUCAAUGUAGAGAUCCUGCCAGAAACUUUCCAGACAGACUCUGAAGAGCAACGAAAGAUAGGGCUUGUUGUCAAGCUGGAUGAUAAUUUUGGGUUCAUCAAGACACAACAGGACCCGCAGCUAUUUUUUGACAUAAAUGAGGUUAUGGAGGACACCAAACUCACUUUGUAUGAGAAGGUUGAAUUUACGUUAGUACCGAAUGAAGCAGCUGAAGGGGGAAAUCACGCUGUUAGAAUAAGAAGACUGAAUGAAAGUGUCUUCACGUCGGCACCAAAAUUAGAGGCCUUUGGGGUAAAAGAGAAGAAGAAAAUGACCAUCAAAUUGCUGAAGGAUCCAAAAGAACAAAUCAAGGCAGAGGUCAAAACAGAGGACAAAAGCAGUGAAUCCAUGGAUGUAGACAAGCCAAACAAGGGAAAAGACAAGGCAUCUCCAUCUUUGUCAUCUGUAAAAGAUCUGAAGAAGCAAAGUGAAAUUAAACAAGAAAGGACCACAGCUAAAGGUGAUAGAGCGCGGAGCAGAAGCAGGGAAAAUAGUCGACGUAGGUAUAGUCGAAGCAGGAGCAGAAGCAGAGAAAGUGGCAGACGCAGAUAUAGUCGCAGCAGAAGCCGGAGCCGAGACAGAAGCAGGAGCUACCACAGCAGAUACCGAAGUUCCAGCCACGAGAGGAGGGACAGUCGAUACAGACACAAACGCAGUCGCAGUCGUAGCAAAGAGCGCUCGGAGAGAUACAGACGGAGUUGCAGUCGCAGCAGAAGCAGAGAAAGGAGCACCCAAAGUGCCAGGAAGAGAAGCCGCAGUCCAGCCGACAGAUAUGAUCGCUAUGCAAAACAAAGCAGUAGUAAAGAUUCAAGCAACAAAAACAGAGCUAAAAGCCCUGAUAAUGUAGAUGAAGAAUUAUUGAGAAAAAAGAGAGAGCUAAUGGAACUCAAUGAGAUGAUUGCACGCAAGAAAGCUAUUGUUGCUAUGGAGCAGAAUGCAAAGAAAAUUGAACCUGGGGUUGAGGUAGAGGGAAAAAGUGGAGUUACAACUUUUGAUUAUCAACAUGUGCAUCGUGAAAACGUGUGGAUGCCUGACCUAAAACCGGUGAAGUCCAUCUUGAAGAAACAGUCUGAACCUCACACUGAUCCUCAAUCUCAGGCUUCUGCAAGCAAGGAAACUACUGCUCCGUUUAUAAAGAGUGAGAGUCAAGAGAUGCAAAUAGGAUACCGUCAACAGACUAGUGCUUUUGGCUCAAAUACACCUGGCUGCUCUACAUUUGAAAGUAAUUCUGAGAGGACUUUGAACACUGCAUGGUCGGAGAAGAUAUCUUUACCUCAGAUUGAGGAUCCAGAAUUGAUUAGAAAAAAGAAGCAAUUAGAAGAACUCAGUGAGUCCAUAGCACGCAAAAGAGCUAUAUUUGCCUUGGAACAGAAGGUCAAAGUUGUUCGGGAAGUGCCAGAAGUGGAAGCAGAAUAUGAGUUUGACAUGCACACAGAUGAAAAAUUUGUAAUGUCUAAAGGAAACUUAUGGAGCUCUGAAAUAAAACCUGAUGUUCAACCGAAAAAGUCCAUUUUGAAGAAACGCUCAGAGAUUUUCAGCUCUCAGAGUGACACAACCUCAGUUGAUGAAUAUGGUCAACCAUGUCAGGAUGAUUCUACUUUUGCAAAGAUACUUUCUCAGACGCCAGCAGCUUCACCAUUUAACAGGUCCUCAAAUCCACGGCCUAUUCAUCCUAGUACUUUUGCCUUUUUCAAGCAGUUCAUAAAUGAGUCUUCAGCAGCCUCACAGGUGACUGGAUCGCCUCCUUUUAACAAACUAGCAAUCCCACAGACACUCGCACAAGCCUCCAGUUCAAUGUCUUUGCAUGACCAGAAAUCUUCCAACUUGUCCAAAGGUAACAAUUCUCAUGAUGACCAACAGAGGGCAACAUCUCGCCAGCCUCAUGACCAUCCCCAUAGCAGUAACGCUUCAACAAGUCAGACUUCACCAUCAAGUCAAAAUCGCAGUGUUACAACUCAAAUGGAACGCUUCCUUAGUGCUCUCAACAAGGCUGACACCAGUGUUGUUAACUCAUUGUUUCAAGAGGCAAGAAAGGAUCUGGCUUCAAUGAACACCAAGAAACCCACUCAACCACAAUUAGAUAGAAACAUACCCUUCAUGGAUGAGAUAUAUGAUCCUUUUAAGGAAGAUGAAGACAAUGAUCCGCCUUCCCUUAUGGGUAAACAUUCUGGCCCAGAACGAGUUAAAAACCCUGUGAAGAUUGAAACCCGUUUGAAUGACCCUAGCAAAGAUGACCUCUUGCCUCAUGAAAGAGCUGUUCAAGAUGGUAGUGGCUUUUCUCAACUUGUUGGAAUGAAGUAUGGUGUAGACUCUACGGCAAAAGCUGAAAAGAAAAGUCCAUAUGGGCAUCCGAUGGUUUCAGAAAAUUGGAGCAUGCAUAAAGAUCCAAAUCGGUUCUCUGAGCAAUGGAAUCAGUAUGAAGAGGGUACUGAUCCAUAUGCAACAGAGCAUGAACAUUACACUGAUCACAAUCUGUAUAGGGAGCGUAGUCAGUCUGUUGAGUACCAGAAAGUCAAUCCAAAUGUCCUGCUUUCUUGCGUCGAGGACAGAGAGAUGCCUGAUAGUAGUUUUGACAAAAGCUUAGCUCGUCAGCAGUCCGAAGAAAGCAAUGAAGAUAAAGACAGAAAGUCAGAGAACUUUGAAAAGAUUCAGAGUCUUCUACAGACAAUAGGACUUCAACUAGACACAGCAGAGGUUAGCAAAUUAGCAGACAGGACACAAGAGCGGUUGUAUGGCAAGAUGAGAAAACCUCAUAGUGCAUCUUCUCACUCCUUUGACCAAAGAAGGGAGCGAUCGAUGAGCCAAUCUGAGCACAGGGGUAGUAGUAGUAGGGCAGAUUCCUCAGACUCUGAAGGUGUCCGAUCCGUUUCCCCAGCUCAGUCUUCGAAUCGUAAGGUUUACAUGAGCUAUAAGGACUCUGUAAAAUACAAAGAACAGAACAAAGUGGAAGAAGUAGACCUAACUAGCAUUAAGAGAACCGUAGUGAAUUUGAAACCAGCAAUAGACAAACAAGAUCCUUACGAAACUUCAUCUGAGCCGACCGCAGCUUCUCAAGUUUCAUUUCAGCCAGUGACCGGUUUAACCACAGUUCAACCAGAUAGUUCCCAGUAUGCCCAAACUUCCAAUGUUCCCACCUUUUCAGCUUCACAAUAUUCACAAUAUCAAAGUGGUGAUCUACAGUUUUGGGGUAUGGCCCCUGGUCUGUACCCUUAUGGCACUGUACCUCCAUCCCCUACUCUAGGUUAUGCUAGUGGUCUCCAAGCAAUGGCUCCACAAAUGAUGGCUACUUAUGGUUCGUACACUGCACAAAUGGCCAAUCCAUAUUGUGUGCCGCCUCCACUCUCCAUGCAAUAUUCUUAUGGUCCUCCACCUACUCACAACCCUCUCCACCUCUCCUCAGUGGGCUCUUCCUACGAUAACAAAGCAGCUAAGCAAGUCCCAACAAAGCCUGUUAGAUGCCUCAAAACAAUAAAAACAGUCCAGACAGUUGAAACAGUUAAUGCAGGGCCUGCCAGGGCACUUGUUAGCAUACAGCCUACAGAGGACAAUCAAGCAAAAAGUACAUCAGAGGAAGCCAAGAGUAAACAGGUUGCUACCAUUACAGAAGACGACAUCAAGGCUAAGCAGAAGAAACGGCUUGAACAGUUUAACCAGAGAAUGAAGCUGAAGAAAGAGCAGCAAAUGGAAGCCCAGCGAGCACGUGGACAAAAUCGGAAUUCAGCUACAGGUAAAAGUUCCCCCAGUGAGAUAAAGAAUGUGUGGAUAUGUGGCCACUCUCUUGUGUUUUGGGCUGAGAAGAGGGCUACUUCCCCUGAGUAUGGAGUGCAGUUGGGCAUGCACCCAAACUGUGUGCGCAUCUGGUGGAAGGGCGUGCAGGGCAUGACGUGGCAACAGCUUGUACCUUUGCUGCACCAGCUCAAAGACAACUGGCCCAAACCUGAUGUGCUUAUAAUCCACUUGGGUGGAAAUGACAUAAGCACAACUGCUCCAGAAGCCUUUUUUGAGACUGUGAAGAAAGAUAUGACCUCAUUGAAGAGCAUUUUCCCCCAGUGCCUGCCGGUGUGGUCCAGCAUCCUUUCACGACAGUCCUGGAGGGGUACAGAAGAUAGCAAAGAAAUGGACAUCAUUCGUAUGGCCAUUAAUGACAGCAUACAAAAAAUGAUGCCAGAACUGGGUGGCUCUGCUUUGAGCCACAGCAACAUAAAACCCACUUUGGGACACUACAGACCAGAUGGGGUUCACCUUUCUGGGAAGGGCAUUGAUAUCUUCAAUCUCAACCUACAGGCUUUUUUGGAGAAAUGGGAGCGUGAGACUAAUAAGACAGAGACAUGUAACCCAUCAGUUUGAGAUGAGGAAAUUUCUUAAAUGGUCAUUUGUUUUGUUCAGCUAAUGUAGCUGUCAACUUGUACAGUGCCAUGUCUUUUGUUGAUGUUUUUGUUUUUUGUAACUUCAAAAUGUAUUGUUAUACAGCUUAUGUCAAAUGAAAGUAAAUCAGAUUUCUUUUCGAUACAUACAAAUUACAAAAAUAUUUUGCAAGAAUGUUAGACUUUUACUUGUUUGAGUUUUUACUUGUUCUGUUUUAUACAUUUAGUUUAAUGACAAAUAAAGACGAGACAAUUUAAUCACCUUACCUUACUGUUGUCUUUUGGUAAGGAAUGAACUUUGCUUUGUAUCAUACACAUGGGAUUUCAAAUAUAAAGAAAGUUAUCUAUA